CUUGUCUUCUUAAUUCCGAGUAGCAAGAGUCUCCGAGUGUCUUCCCCUUCCCAAAAGAAAGAAAAUCUCCCGCUCCUUGCGCCGCCAACGCCAAGACGAGUGGCGGCUGAACAGGGGAGGGGCGGCGAUCUCUAUCUGGCGAGCAGAGCAGGGGAGAGGAUCAUGUCGAAGAAGAGGGGUCUUUCUUUGGAGGAGAAGAGGGAGCAGAUGCUACAAAUAUUUUAUGACAGUCAAGACUUCUAUCUGCUUAAAGAGCUUGAGAAGUUGGGUCCCAAAAAGGGUGUCAUCAGUCAGUCAGUGAAGGAUGUUGUGCAAAGCCUGGUGGAUGAUGAUCUUGUCUUGAAAGAUAAAAUAGGGACUUCAGUGUACUUUUGGAGUCUUCCCAGCUGUGCUGGAAAUCAGCUGAGGACUACUUACAGCAAACUGGAAUCUGAUCUUUCAAGCUCUAAAAAGCGCUUCAUAGAGCUUGUUGAGCAGAGAGAGAAUUUGAAAAGAGGCAGAGAGGACUCUGAUGAGAGAGAAGCUGCUUUGGAGGAGCUGAAGGCUGUAGAGCAACACCACAAGAAGUUAAAGGAGGAACUGGCUGCUUAUGCUGAUAGUGAUCCAGCAGCACUAGAGGCAAUGAAUGAUGCUAUUGAGGUUGCUCAUGCGGCAGCUAACAGAUGGACAGACAAUAUCUUCACUCUGCAACAGUGGUGUUCGACCACUUUCCCACAAGCAAAAGAACAACUCGAACACAUGUACAGGGAGGUGGGGAUAACUGAAGAUUUCGAAUAUCUGCAGUAAUGCAUAACAUCCUGGUUGCCCUGUUACAAAACCGUAUGUAACCCAACUCAGCAAAUCUAGAGUAGUUCACCUGGAAUCUGUAGAAGUUUAUUCAUACCCAUGUUAGCAAUCUUACAGUAAAUGAUCCCAAUAUGCUCCAUAUUUUCUGCUUUGUAAGUAAGGUACCUAUGGAAUGCUGUCAGAAAAACAGUUCUCUAUGAUGACAGAACACUAACAGAUGAGAUAUCGGAUGAAUUUGGUAGAUGCAUGCCAGAUAUUGAUAACCCAUUUUAAUCUGGUAGAUGCAUGACUGAAAAAAAAAUUGCAACAGAAAUCAAAUUUCCUGACCAUCGGAGCAGAUGCCCGCUUUUCAUGUACCACCUAUCAAUUUCAUUCUUAAAUUUGACUUUACUUUAUGAGAAUAAA